ACCAGCGUGUGUUCUCACAUUGUUGGGAGCCGUGUUUGUUGCACUUUUAUUUUGCUACGAAGCAAAUGCUUUGUCUUCACAGUGUAACUUUAAAAGAAAAGGGUCCACCAGCGCCGCCUUAUCCUCCAGGACAGCCUACCAACUAAAGUGAAUCCGCUAACGAUUUAAACUGAGAGGGUGGAAAUUUGGAUCUGUUGCCUAAUUGUUCAUCAUCAUCAUCAUUAUUAUCUUAGAAUCAAGAUGGCCCUAAAUGUCUUUGAUCAUGAUGAAUACAGGCCACCAGUGUGGAAAUCCUACUUGUAUCAGCUCCAGCAGGAGGCACCUCACCCACGCAGAGUCACCUGCACCUCUGAGGUGGAAAACCGACCUAAAUACUAUGGCAGAGAGUUCCAUGGGAUGAUCUCAAGAGAAGAGGCUGACCAGUUACUGAGUCAGGCAGAGGGCAGCUACCUCAUCAGAGAGAGUCAGAGGCAGCCAGGCACUUACACACUGGCUCUAAGGUUUGGGAACCAGACAAGAAACUUCCGUCUCUACCAUGACGGGAAACACUUUGUUGGGGAAAAAAGGUUUGAGUCCAUCCAUGACCUCGUCACAGAUGGCCUCAUCACACUCUAUAUCGAGACAAAGGCAGCAGAGUACAUCGCUAAGAUGACCAUAAACCCUAUCUACGAGCAUGUGGGAUACACCACUCUGAACCAGGAGCCCACCCUGAAAAAACACCUCCCUCACAGCCAGGAGGAACCUGACGGACCGACUCCAGCCAAAGAUGACCACAACACAGAGGAAAGGCUCACAUCACUGGUGCGGCGGGCCACCCUGAGGGAGAGCGACUUGGCGCCCAAGUACGAGAAGGUCCACAACUUCAAGGUUCAUACAUUCAGGGGUCCCCACUGGUGUGAGUACUGUGCCAACUUCAUGUGGGGUCUCAUUGCUCAGGGAGUGAAAUGUGCAGAUUGUGGGUUGAACGUCCAUAAGCAGUGCUCCAAAGUCGUACCCAACGACUGCCAGCCAGACCUUCGGCACGUCAAGAAGGUGUACAGCUGUGACCUGACAACGCUGGUCAAGGCCCACAACACCAAGAGGCCCAUGGUGGUCGACAUGUGUAUACAGGAAAUUGAGGCCAGAGGUCUUCAGUCAGAAGGUUUAUACAGAAUAUCAGGCUUCAGCGAGCUGAUUGAAGACGUUAAACUGGCCUUUGAUAGAGACGGAGAGAAAGCAGACAUAUCCUCAAAUGCUUACGAGGACAUCAACAUCAUCACCGGAGCCCUCAAACUGUACUUCAGAGAGCUGCCCAUACCCCUCAUCACGUAUGAUGCCUACCCACGCUUCAUAGAAGCUGCAAAAAUAACAGACCCAGAGAAACGACUGGAGGCCCUCCAUGAGGCCUUGAAGCUGCUGCCACCAGCUCACUGCGAGACGCUGCGAUACCUCAUGGGUCACCUCAAGAGAGUGACACAAUACGAGAAGGAGAAUCUCAUGACUAGCGAGAAUUUAGGCAUCGUCUUCGGCCCAACACUUAUGAGGGCGCCCGAGCUGGACGCCAUGACGGCACUCAACGAUAUCCGAUAUCAGAGACUUGUGGUGGAAAGUCUCAUUACCAAUGAAGAUGUGUUGUUCUGAAGUGCAAGAGGAGAUAAAAAGAGAGACUGGGGAUGACACUUGAAUGCUUUUAAAGAUAAAAAGGUGGCUUCUAAUGAGAAAAUGAAGGAGAAACAUGCAAGAUACUUGUGUCUCGCUAGAGAGGAUUCAAAAAAUAUACUACCUGCUUUUGUGAUGGUUGGAUAAAUCGAGAAAUGAAGGAAGUGUCUGUCUUCAUGAAAGCAAUUUAACAAAAUCUAUCUUGAGACACAGCAACUUUGAGUGAAGAAGUGGAUGGAAAGACCCAGCAUUUCCCUAAAGUUUAAUGAAAAUAGGAGCAAAACAUCAAGUCAACGAGCUCUACUUUGUCUCUAUGAGUUGGUAUUAAAAACACCCUGUAUCAGCGAGAGAAUUAACAAUGUGUGGUAGAAACACUGCACCAUCUAUCUUUAAGUUCUUGUCAUUUCUUCCUACAAGGAUGCCUUGACAUUUUGGAUUGUGGAAAAACAUAACUGUAUUGAAAAUGUUAGCUUGGUUAGUGUUUAUCAUUGAAAGUCCUGGUAAGUUUUCGUUGUUUUCUUAGUGUCAGUGUGUCCCGUUUGAUCCUCUUGAAGAGAAGAAGCAGCAGCACUGGCUUCCUAACAGUAGACAGCCGGAUG